AUGGACGACGAGGUAAUCGUCAUUCCCUCUUCACCCCCCGUGUCCGACGAGGUAAUCGCCAUUUCCUCUUCUCCGCCGGUGCCCGACCAGACCAAUUCGCCCGAAGAAGCGCCGGACGAGCAAUGCAAGUCUUCAGCGGCCGACGACGCUCCUCCGGCGGACACGGCCUCUCCCAUCGACAGUGCGUACGCAACCAAGGCGCCCGGAACAGCUAGGAACAGUUCCGAAGUCGCCGAAGUCCCCGAAGAGUCAAUGGUUGUAGACGGCGCCGAAGACGAAGCCAUGGUCAUUCCCGCGGUGACGUCGAAAAAGCGGAAGAGAGACGACGUCAAGGAUGUAGAGGCAGAGGCGGAGGCGGAGACUGAGCCUCGGGCGAAAGGCAGAAGCUUUAGCCAUAUCCUGCCGCCUGGCAGUGUAAAUCCGAUGUCGGUGUAUGGGCAGAGGCCGGCGCCGAAGAAGCCGGAGCAACUAAUCGUGUCGAUGCUUCUUGCGCAAGAGAGCAAGAACGGCGUCGACAACGACGAUAAAACCUACUAUGAGUACCGCCUGGAAGAUUUUAGCUUCUACACCGGUCGCAGCCAUAUCAAGCCGAAGGAGGGGGCGAGGGAUCCGUAUCCUUUCAAAUACCCGUGGGAGAUGAUCAGACUAUCGGCAAUGAACAUCGUGCCGAACAUCGAGUAUCUCUAUGCCGAUGGUUUCCUUGUUGGCGAAGAUGGUGUGCGACACUACUUUGAACGAAUGAAGGUUGACGUGUUGUCCGUUAGCUACCGCGACCCUUUCAAGCCACGUGACAUACACGUUCAGUCCUCAAUGUGUUCGAAUAGCAGAAGUGGUGACACGAGGCUUCGGGAUGUCUGGUACAGGUUAGGAACGCCCUCCAAGGAGUACAAGCCAUACUACGAGCCAUUUCAAUGGUUGGCGCAGUUCGGCCUUCAUUUCUUCGCAUUCGUGGAGUCGCAGAUGAGGAAGGGCGACGUCUUACUGCGCGACUUCCGUAAUUUCGGCGACUGGAUGGAGAGGCAGUUCGAUAAGCGGGGUGACAAGGUCGAGGUGGAGACGUUCUUCUUCGGCUGGUGGAAUGCGGUGGGGAGUCGUCGCGACUUCCGGAAUGACAUCACGACCCACAAAGACUGGCUUUGGAACCAAGUCUACGCUGUCCACGCCUACCGCCGCUUCGCUGAUCUCACGCUUUGGAAGGAGACCAGGACGCUGAAUGCCAUCGCGCCGGCUUACCCAGGUCGGCACGAGAACCUCACCGUCGUAACACCGUAUGUCUAUGAGAUUUUCAAGGACAUGUACGGACCCCAUCUGAAGAAAGUUGUACCAGUCCCGGACGUGCCUAAGAAGCUCGCCGGCGUCCUUGUGCAUAAGAAGCAGAAGGCGAAGACCAACGAGGUCUACGUCCCACGCGUGGGAGACUGCGUGCAGGUCGCCGUCGAAGAGAAGGGGACAUGGUCCAAGAAGGAGAAAACGAAGAGGAGGAAGGGGGUGAAGGGUGUGGUGGUGGACGACGACGAAAAGGAAGAAGAGGAGUGGUUUGGGUAUGUUACGAAGCUGGAAGGCCGGCAAAUUAAAAUUGUCUGGCUCUACCGGCCUAAGGACACGAUUCUGGAUGGGGGCCACUAUCCGUACAAGAACGAGCUCUUCUUCUCGGACCAUUGCAAUUGCGAUGAGGAUUCAGAUCCGCUGUACGCGAAGAACAUCGUCCGCAAGAUCUCUGUGGUGUUCAAUCCGAAAACCACGGAGGAAAUGGAGUCAGCCGAGUACUUCAUUCGGCAGAAGGCGCAGGCGACCGAUUGCGCCUUCAUUUCGCUUUCGAAGAAGGAUCUCGAACUCGGCAACUGCCAAUGCACGGACCCUGACGAUGACGACACGAUACUUCCCAACCUCUAUCACAAGCUCAAGAAGCAGUUUCCUGUAGGAUCAACAGUGCUUUACACUCCCGAAGGCAAGGACGUCAAGUUGCUCGAGCCCGGAGUGGUUUUCGCUCUUGACGACUCGACAAUGGGUAUCACACUCAGGAAAUUGGUCCGCGCGCCGGGGGUGGUUCCGGGGGCGAAACCCAACCAGCUGUUGUGGACCCAGGAAACUGCCUACUUGCAUUGCGGCAUCAUCGGUAACAUCAAGCGUAGAUGUUACAUCGCUGUUCUCCGGGACGACGCCAGACCCGAGACACCUUACGAUCGCGAUGGGAUUGGUGAGCUCUUUUACAUUUCUGGGGCCCUGGACUCAGAAGGCAAUACCAUCCCUGUGCCCGAGCUUGGUCAGGACGAGUUUCGAGAAGGGUGGAGUCUCACGGAUGAGCUCCCUAAAGAUAAGCCCGUCCUCAGAGGUAUGGACCUGUUCUGUGGAGGAGGCAAUUUCGGACGAGGUCUAGAGGAAGGAGGUGUUGUGCAGAUGAAGUGGGCUGUUGAUUUCGACAAGAACCCCCUUCACUCGUACAGAGCCAACCUGAACAAUCUGGACGACACGAAACUUUAUCUUGGUAGCAUCAACAACUACCUUGAGGAUGCCAUCUGUGGACGAUACUCCGAAAAGACAGGUAUCCCCGGGAAAGACGAGGUGGACUUCAUCAGCGCUGGAUCCCCCUGCCAAGGGUUCUCACUGGCGAACAACUGCCGGACCAGCUUCGGCGCUCAACGCAAGCAGAGUCUGGUGUGUUCCCUAGCCACUGCUAUCGAUGUGUACCGACCCACGUACGCCAUUCUGGAAAACGUGCACGGCAUCGCGACUUCACGAAUCCGGAAUGGAAAGCAAGAGAACACGUAUACGGAGAUGCUCUGUGCGAUCGUCGGCAUGGGCUACCAGAUCCAAUCCUUCUUUUGCGACGCCUGGUCCCACGGGAACCCCCAGAGCAGGACUCGGCUGAUCCUCGCCAUCUCCAAGACCGGAUACAAGGCCCUUGACCGGCCACCCCGGAGUCACCAGCACAGCCCCAACGCGAAGUCCCAGGCUUUGUACUCGGCGCCGAACGGGGCACGGUUCGGACGCCGCGAGAUCGGCGAGCUGACGCCGUUUCCGUAUUUGACUACGGAGGUCGCCUGGGCACACCUGCCCAAUAUCGGAAACGGACACGUUGGCCUAUCGAUUCGCUACCCGGACCACACCUGUGCCGGCGCCAACGACACAACAAUAAGAUUGCUGAUGUCCCAUGUGCCUCGGUUUAUGGCAAACAAUUCGUGGCGGGUAGCGAUCGACAGUGGUCGUCUCCACCCAGUGCUCCAAACAUUCAACCAGGUCGGUGAGAAGGGGACGGCCGUCAGCAGGACAUAUAGCAGAGUCUUUAGAAGUGGCCUUUGCCGCACGAUCACUACGACGCCGACUCCUCAGUGCUCGAGAACCGGUCGCUGGAUGCAUUCGGACGAGAACCGUCUUCUAACGAUCCAGGAAGCUAGGAUCGCUCAGGGCUAUCCGGAAGACGACGUGCUCGCCGGUGCUCCCUCCAACAAGCUCCAUGUCAUAGGAAACUCAGUGGCUCGAGGAGUGUCACUAGCUCUAGGAAUCGCUGUUAGAGAAGCCUACCUAGAGAGUUUUAUGGAUGAGGUGCAUGGUGCGAUAAACAAUGCGACGGACUGCGACAAAACCGAUGGUGUUCUAGAGUUAGAGUUGGCCAUCGGAGCCGUCGAACCUGUCGAUGUCGACGCCGCUGCCGCUGCCGAGCAGGCCCUCCAGGCCGAUGCACAGAAUGAUAUGGAUAAGUGUGUACUUCCAUCCAUCAGUUCGGACACGGAUCCUAUGGACCUAGACCCUGACGACGCCGUCGCCGAACACACCCAGCCCGCCGAAAAUGAGGACCAAGUGCCUGCUGACGACGCCGUCGCCGAAGAUAUCCAGCCCGCCGAAAAUGAGGAGCAGCUGCCUGCCGACGACGCCACCGCCGGAGACGUCCAGCACGCCGAAAACGAGGAUCAGAUUGUUGCCGACGAAGUCAACGGUCAUAAUGCUGCUCCUGGCGAUGACAGCACCAUUCUUUCCGCCGAAAACGAGGAACAGCAGCCGGCCGACGAAGUCAACGGUCAUAAUUCUGUCUCUCGCGACGACAGCACCAUGCCUGCCGAGGAAGCUAAUGAUCAUAAUUCUGUCUCUGGAGAUGGCAGUACCUUAUUUGUUGACGAAGCCAACGGUCAUACUACCGCCUCUGGCGACGACAACACCAUGCUUACCAACGACGCCCCCACCAACCACGUCCAGCCCUCUGAAAAUUCGGACCAACUACCUACCUACGAAGCCAUCCCCCAUACUGCCCCCUCUGCCUCUGGCGACGACAGCAUCCUUUCCCUGCGCAACGACGCAGACGAGAGCAUGUGGGCCGGCGAGCCGUCGGAGGACACCUUUUUCGGGCGCAAGGAGUACGGUGGCGGCGAUGAUGACGAGUUGGAUCUUCUCGAUGCCGACGGUGAAGAUGAUGAGGAAUUCUCGAUCUGA